AUGGAUCGGAAGUUGAAGCAAUAUCAAACUUGUGUUGAUCCCGCACUUGAUAUCUUGGACUCGGGCUUUGGUAAUUAUUCCCCACCCACUGAUUUGGAGAGGUUCAUCAGGCAUAUCUCUCAAGGAUUAAAUCUCUUCAAAAUGUUGUUUUGGGGGUUUGGUUUUCCCCAAGAACUUGUAGAACCUGAUUGGAUGUUGGGUUUAACUUUAAUGGUACAACAAUUUAGAGGGACGGCAGAGGAGUUCAGAAUGAAAUUUGAAGCUCCAGCCACAGAUGUUAUCCCGGAGAAGCCAUUGAGCUAUAGUUUAUGGAUGAUGAUGGAGGAACACAAGUCAUUAGCCACAGAGAUCUGCUAUGUACUUUUACAACAUGAUCAAGUCAUCAAAUGUAAGUAUCAACCCAAGUUGUCGUCUCAUCCUGAAUAUGGACUUGAGACAUUGGGUUUCAUUGAUCUGAUCCUGAAAAAUCUCUGCUCUUUUACUGGUGGGAUACUUAUUCCUGUGAAGCAACAGAUAGAUUUCAUAAGAGGGAAGCUCAAGUUGUUUCGAAACUUUGUUGUAAUACCUCUUAACAAAUGGCCACCUGAGUUCACGAGAACAGGGGAGCUCAUAUAUCACAUUCAAACUUGGGCGAGUCACAUCUCGUGUCUCCUAUUCUCGUAUUGGGUUGAUGAAAUUGAUGAUGAGUGUCUAGCAUCUGAAAUGGGAACGAGGCUUUCUGAUUUGAUGCGAAAAAGUAGUCUUUACCAUCCAGAGACGAUAGGGUUGUUCCUUGAUGUAUUUAUGUCUGCAGAGUAUCAUAAAUUUGAAGGCUUGUGGUCUCCCUGGCUGCUUGAGGGUUAUGUUGGUUUUCUUCUUGAGCAUGUAGCCACGGAAUAUGCUAGCCAUGACAUUGAAAUCCUUUGGGAAGGGUUGAUAUUCCUGUUAUCUUUUGUCAUGGACUCACCAAAAGAGGAUGGCUCAGAAGAAACGGCCUUGAUUCUGGCUGAAAUCGACGCGAUCAUCAGUGAAGUGCCGUUUGUCAUUUCCAACCCUGAUAACCACAAGUUAUCAAGUUUACUUGACAGGAUUGAUGGAGCCAAGGAUCGCGCAAGAAAGUUGUUUGUGGUUAGUCCUCUUUCGUCGCGAUUCACUUCUCCCAGGACUAAUGCUAUCAGAUUUCUUGAUUCACUCUCAGAAACACUGCAGAAUAUGCUGGAUGGGGGCGUGGAUUUUAUUCCUUCCAUGAAGAAUCAAAUUGUAGAAGUGCAUCAAGGGCUAGCAUCGUUGAGGCCAUUUCUUCAGCUUGACUUGGAGCCGCAAACUGAGAACUUCAUACUCACAGAUUUACAGACUCAAAUAGUUAACGUGAUACACUAUGCAACAUAUGUCACGAAGCUAUGCCCAAUCAGAAAUCCAUCUGUUUGGUAUGGUAUUUUGUUCCUACAAAGCACCAUACAAGACAUAAAUCUUUUGCGGUGUGAGGUCAAAAAGAUUCAAGAUGACCUUCAUAUAUGCAGCAGUAAAAAGCUCAAUACUCAGAUGACAUCUAGUAACAAUUUGGUGCUGCGGGAAACAUCUUCAAAGCAAUAUGAAGGAACUUUCAUAGGCUUUAAAGAGGAAAGGGAAUCAAUCCUAGAUAUUCUAAGAGGGCCAAAUGAUCUCAUAAUCAUAUCCAUUACUGGAAUGCCUGGCCAAGGCAAGACAAGGUUAGCCCAGGACAUUUUUGCUGAUCAGUCCGUUCACUAUCAUUUUCACAAAAUUGCGUGGUGUUAUCUCUCUAAAGGAUGUGAAACAAGUAAAUCAUUGCUCAAAAUCUUACAGGCUGUCAGUGACUGUGCAGAUGGUAAUCUACAAAUCCAAGAUAUAGUUGAGGUUUUGCGGAAAAGCUUGAAGGGAAAAAGGUAUUUUGUCGUUUUAGAUGACAUUUGGGAUGUUAAUGCAUGGUUCAAAGUGAAAGAUUCAUUUCCAAAUGAUAAAAAUGGGAGUCGAAUUUUGUUUACCAGUCGAAAUGAUGCUCUUGCUUCACAAUGCAGAUUACCAGGUUCAUUGUCCCAUCAUCUUCGAUCCUUUUCUAUUGAUGAAAGUUGGGAUUUGAUGAGGGAUAAGAUUCCUGACUGUGAUGAUCUUUCUCCAGAACUUGUGGAGGUAGGAUUACAAAUUGCAGAUUAUUGCAAAGGUUUGCCUUUGGCAGUCGCCGUGAUUGCAUCUUACCUGAAAAGGAUAGCACGAGAAUUGGAAACAUGGAAGGAAGUGGCCAAGAAUAUGAAAUCACAUCUUACAAGUGAAGGGUGCAUGCAUGUCAUAGAGCUAAGUUAUAAGCACUUGCCACAUCAUUUGAAGUUGUGCUUUCUUUGUUUUGGAGCUUUUGAAAAGGGUUCAAUCAUUUAUGCCAAAAAUCUGAUACGUUUUUGGAUUGAUCAAAGAUUCAUUGAGAAUAGUGAGAUGCAUAGUUCGGAAGAGUUGGCUUAUCAGUACUUGGAUGAUCUUAUUUCUCAGAACCUGGUGGUUGUCUCUGAAAGAGGAUUGAUGGGAAAGAUAAAGAGUUGUCAUGUUCAUGAUCUCAUUUAUGACCUGUGUGUCCAGAAAGCUGCCGUGGAAGAUAAUCUCUUACAUUGGGUAAACCCCAGUAUCGUUCUAGAUCGCACUUAUGACCGUAAUCUUCAUAACUUUCACCACCACAUUUGGCUUUCCAUUGGUGACUGCGAUCUUGCUUCCUCCACCCAGCAGCUAUCAUCUAACUCUACCCGAAAGGAACUAUGGCCGACCCAGGUUUGCUCUCUGUUGUGGUCCCAUUAUGUCCCUGGACCAAUUCAAUAUGCAUCAUUGUCUUCCUUUCUUGGUAGAUUCAGUGUCCUUACAAGGUGCGAUAUGAUGAAUGUGAAUCUGGUGGGUUCUUCAUUUCCUCAAGUAAUAUUGCACAAUAUUCAUUUGAGAUACUUGGCAUUGCGUGGUUCUUUUUCUGAUAUUCCUUCAUCAAUAUCUAAUUUGUGGAACUUGGAAACUUUGAUUCUAUAUUCAGUAAGAGGCUACGUGACUGUACCAGAUUCAUUGUGGAAGAUGAAAACCUUAAAUAGUGUUUCCGUUGGAGAUUUUCAUCUUGACACUGAUGAUUUUGAGCAUAGUGUCUACUCUACGGCAGAAGCAUGUAAUAUUGAGAAACUUAGCCAAAUAAAGAUGUGUGAUUCUCACAUGACGGUGGAGUUUUUAAGAAGACUAAAGAGGCUUAAGAAGUUGAAAUGCUUCUAUUGUAAACAAUUCGGUCCCGAGAGUUUAUCUGAGUUUGGAUCUUUGGAAAAACUGGAGAAGUUGUCGAUCACAGUGUGUUGCAAGAAUCCCCUCCCUCCUAAUUGGCGAAGUUUACAGUUAGACUUCCCGUGCACUCUCAAGAAGUUGUCUCUAUCGAAAUUAAAUCUACCUUGGAGGGUUAUGUCAACAAUUGGGAAGCUACCCAAUCUCCAGGUUCUCACAUUACAUAAGAAUGCAUGCAACGGGGAUACCUGGGAUUUGAGAGAUGGGGAGUUCUUGAAACUUACGUAUUUGCUGUUAUGUCAGAUGAAUGUCAAACGAAUAAAUGACUCCGAUUGUAGUGACAGUCCACUUCCUUGUCUCGAGAAGCUUUACCUGGGACAUUGUACCAGACUUGAGGAAAUUCCUUCGAGCUUUGGAGACAUUUGCUGCUUGAACACCUUUCUUGUGAAUGCAUCCCCUAAAGCCUUUAACUCGGUAGAGAUGAUUGUGGAACAACAACGAGAAAUGGGAAAUGAUGACCUUCACUACUAUUACUCAGAACAUUGUCGUCGCAGCGACUAUCAUACUUAUGAUGGAGUGUAUGAUGACGAAAGCUAUGAUGAUGACAACGGAUUCAUCCCAAUGUUGGAGGCAUUUGCAUCUCCUUCUAGUGAAUGA